AUGAAAUAUGGUUGUAUUCCUGUCGUCAUAGAUAAUAAUUUUGUGCUGCCAUUUUCUGAAGUUCUUGAUUGGACGAGGUGCUCUCUAAAAGUACGUGAAAAUCAGAUAGACCGCUUGUCCGGACUCCUUGAAUCUUUUUCUCAAAAUGAGAUAAAAUUACUACAAACUCAAGUUGCUUUUGUCUUUGGGCGGUAUAUGUCGAGCUUGCAACGGAUUGUUGAUACAACUCUUGACAUUAUUCAGGACCGAGUUUUCCCUUCUUCCUCAAAACCCUAUUCAUAUUGGAACAAUGUAAACGAAGGCGUAAGUUGA